AUGAAUAAUAAUUAGAACUAGCCUCCAACAAUAUCAAGAAUCAUCCCUCCUCCCUUUGCCAAUUAAUAAUAGGCUCUCCAGAUUGAGAAUGUCUCUCUCAAGACCCAAGUUUAGAAGUUAUAAGAUUAGUUGAAAGACGCCAAUGUGAAGAACACUUAACUUUAACACCAAAAUUAAGAACUAUAAAGUACUAACCAAUCCUUGUUAACCCAAUUAAAUCAAAAAAAUUAGAAUUCUAUAAUCAAUUAAAAUUCGAAUGAAAAUUAAAUAUUAAAAGAUAAAUGUAUAGAACUACAAUUGCACAACCAAGAUUUGCUAUAGAAAAUAACCUAGUUAAGUAAAGAGAAGCAGGAGAAGCAGUUCGUUGAGAUAAAGUCCUAUUUACAAUAUUCUCCAAAAGUUUAGGAAGAGACCAUCUGCUUGAAGUGGACCCAGAAAAUAGCGAACUUACAAAUCAAAUACAAAAGUAAAGGCAAAGCUGUUGAGUUUGAAGGCUAUGGAGAGAUAUAAAAUAAAAAUGUCAUUUUCUAAUGCCAAUGUGAUUUGUCCAAGAUGCCUGUAGAUAAUUAAGAACCGCGGAUAAUAUUAAAAGAGUGUGAGUUACAUUUAAUUUAUCAAAUUUGA